AUACGCGACGCAAAAGCAAUCAAUCAUGAGCCACAGGGACGGAAUGACCAAUGGAACCACCACUAGUCGCCAUGCGGCCAAUGGUCUCCUGAAAGAAGCCUUCGUCGAUGGUGACGUCGCGAUCUCUCCUAAUGCGCCCGCCGACGUUCCGUCGCUGCUGAAGCAGAUUAGAACGAGCGGCGAUGUAUACCUCGCCCUGCAAGAUGAGAAAGUACGAACAGAUCUUUUGGACACGGCUCGGUCAUUGGUACAUGCGCUUGAGACGCCGCGCGAAGCCAUAAUACGACAUUGCUGGUCGCAGGUAAAGCCAUUUCCCUUGUUCCAUGUUGAGUAUUGGUCCUAAUGCGUCGUUCCUUCGGAAUGUAAAGAGUACGUCGUAUGCAGCAAUCGAAACCUGUGUCGACCUGGGAGUAUUCACAGCCUUGUCUCGCGAUAAUUCUCCUAGGACGGCUACAUACCUUGCGGAAGCCACCAAAGCGGAGCCUAUGAUGCUAUCUCGAAUCCUAAAACAUCUUGCUGCGAUGGGUGCAAUCACCGAGACAGGCCCGGAUGAGUACCGCCGCACUGGGUUCUCAACCGCGAUGAGCUCGCCACGAUACAGCGACGCUUAUCCUUGCAUGACGGGAUGUAUUACUUCAGGCGUCCUCGCUCUCCCCGCCCAUCUUAGGAGAACCGACUACCGCAAUCCUGACAACGGCACCGAUGCGCCCUUCCAGCUCGGUUUCAAAACAAACCUUCACUUUUUCGACUUCCUGCGAGCAAACCCAGACCAUGCCGUUCAGUUCAACAAUCACAUGUCGGCAUACCAUCAAGGCCGACCUAGCUGGAUGGACCCCGGCUUCUACCCGGUGUCGACGCUGAUGGAGGGAUUAAAUAUAAACAAAGACGAUGUGCUUUUGGUGGAUAUGGGUGGAGGAACGGGUCAUGAUCUCUCUGAGUUCCGGGGAAAGUGGCCCCAGAUCCCCGGCCGUGCUGUUUUGCAGGAUCUUCCUGAGGUGAUUCAGCAGGCGAAUUCGAUGAACCUACCUUCCUCGAUCGAGACCAUGAGCCAUGACCUUUUCACUGAGCAGCCGAUUAAAGGAGCACGCGCCUACUAUAUGCAUUCCGUGCUGCAUGACUGGAACGAUGACAACUGCCAGAAGAUCUUGUCGAAUAUCGUUCCGGCCAUGGCCCGGGGAUACAGCAAGGUUCUCAUCAAUGAGAAUGUUAUUCCCAGUACUAACGGAUACUGGGAAGCGACCAGUCUCGAUAUUAUCAUGAUGGCAAACUUUGCGUCUACCGAGCGGACCGAGAAGCACUGGCGUGCGCUGGUUGAGUCUGUCGGGUUGAAGGUUACCAAAAUAUGGACCGCGCGAAGAGGGGUGGAGAGUUUGAUUGAGUGUGAAUUGCCUUAAGGUAUUCGAGUAUUGAGACUGUACAUGAAUAGCUGUCGGAUAUUCCACAACGGUUCACCAAAACAACCGCUUUCGUGGUUACUUUAUUAGGCACACCUUUCCAUGUGGAAUAUCAUGAUUUGAGUCUUCGGGUGUCUAGAGCGCUUCAUUUCCUCGUGGGCUUGGCUGUCAAGAUGAUCCAAGUAAUAGAGCUUACCAACAAGGGGACGAAAGUGGGAGUAUGUAAAGGACAGGAAAAAACAUUGGACGAUGAG